ACAAUCACACUGUUUUUAAAGAAAGUCUCCUUAUACUUGACAAUCUUGAUUAAGUUGCAUUGUUGAGUCCUGAGAGGUGUUCAGUGGUCUGCUGUGGUGCUGCAGCCUCCAGCUGUGAUUGGCUGGUUGACUCUCAGGUGCACCAGGUGACCCAUUAAGCAGUGAUUGGAUGCAGGUUGCAAUAAAUGCGACCUCUCUGCUUCACACACACAUACAGAGCAGCUUCAGGGUGCUUGGGUUUCUGUUGCUUGCAUUGGAAUACAGAAAUGGCUUGUGGAGUUCAUUUGGGGUACGUUUUUUGUUGCCGCUCUUUUCAGUGUUUGUUGAGUUGGUGUACCAUUUCUCACUGACUGUCUUGUUUUCCCUCCAGGAUCUUUCUAAUUUGCUUGCUUCAAGCAGAGCAUGUGCGUUGUCUGUGGGCGACACAAGCUCAGAAAUCAAACCGCAACUCGUAUGUUGGCUUCACGCAGCAGGGCGGUGGAUAUGGUGGAAGCGAUCCCCAGACUGGACUCAGACGGGCCUCUGGUUCUCCCGGCUCCGCCCGGAGCAGCGGCCUCUACGCACACGCCCUUGCCAGUAGUUCUAGGCAGAGGUUUCCGACUAGCGGCAACAGACAGAUUAUUUCUCAACCGGCUAAAAGUGUCUAUGAUUCGGUGAAGUUGGUGCAGAGCAGCGCGGAGUCUAAACCUAACCGGCCAACGAGUAUGUUGAGACGAGAAAAUGUGCACAAGAUGCCCCAAAACAGCUUAAGCGCCCCUUCUGCUUCUAUUGCUAGCGGCGGUUCCCUGAGUAAGUACGCCCAAAGACCGACCAGCAAGGCGAGAACGUGGCCAGUCCAGCAGGGUACCCGCAGUACGAGCACCCAGCGGUCCAGCGGUUCUGAAGCUCUUCUGGGUCCAAGAGGAAGCUACUCCUUCACACCCUCCUCUCGUCAGACGGCCGAUGCCGGGCUGACGGGUUAUUCUACUUCUACGAAGUCUUCUCGCUCGUCCAGCCCGGGUGCCGCCGAGCCACGCAGAAUCCCCGUCCGGACGAAAACCUCAGCUAGCGCCGCCGCUAGACGGGUGUCUUCGCGGCAUGGCUCUGCAGCGUCGACGCCUUCCCGUUUCUCCUCCCUCCAAAAUAAGAGCACGAGAAAUAACCCCGGCCAGACUGGGGCUCGGAAACCGUUCUCGAGCAGAGUGGGUCCCGCCUCCGGGACCUCUGGCCAGGGCGUUGCCCCGAGCACCACCCAUCAGAUCCCUCAGCGCUUUGGAGGCUACGCUAUCAGACGGCUGAGAGGACCUGCUGACCAGAAGGAAGUUAAUGACGGCAAGCCGCCGCUGCAUCGGGCCUAUGUGGUCUCCCGGCGCCCGUCUUCGCUGCAGAAGCCGGCCUACGUGACCCUCCGGCACCAGUCUCUGCUGCAGAAGCAGCCCUACCCGACGUCCGUUUCUGCAGCAGGCCUACGUGGCCCCCCAGCUCUCCUCUGCAUCGUACAAGCAGCAGGUCCAGAGUGUUAAUACAGAGGCCAAAUGGAAGAGGGCCAUGCUGGGUC